GCAACGUUAUCUCAUGGAUUCACUGGGGCCUGGGAACCACACUGCAGUAACAGACUUCAUUUUACUGGGCUUAACUGAUGACCCAGUCCUUCGAGUCAUCCUCUUUGUGAUCAUCCUGUGUGUCUACCUGGUGACUGUAUCUGGCAAUCUCAGCACAAUCAUUCUUAUCAGAAUCUCUUCUCAGCUCCAUCAUCCUAUGUAUUUUUUUCUGAGCCACUUGGCUUUUGCUGACAUAGGCCUUUCAACUUCUGUCACACCCAAUAUGCUUGAAGACUUCCUGGUGAAGGGAAAUCCAAUCUCCUAUCAUGGAUGUGGCAUGCAGCUUGGUUCAAUUGCUGUCUUUGGGGCAGUUGAGUGCUUCCUUCUAGCUAUGAUGGCAUAUGAUCGCUUUGUGGCAAUCCGCAACCCACUGCUUUAUUCAACCAAAAUGUCCACACAAGUCUGUGUUCAGUUUAUCAUAGUGGCUUACAUGGGUGGUUUUCUCAAUUCUUGCUCUUUUACUAUUUCCUUCUAUGUUUUACUGUUCUGUGGACCAAAUCAUGUCAAUCAUUUUUUCUGUGAUUUUGCUCCUCUAGUGGAAGUCUCCUGUUCUGAUAGCAGUAUCCCUGCAGUUGUCCCCUCAUUUGUUGCUGGCUCCAUCGUUGUAGUCACAGUGUUUGUCAUACUUGUCUCUUACAUCUAUAUCCUCAUCACCAUCCUGAAGAUGAACUCCAAGGAGGGGCGCCACAAGGCCUUCUCCACCUGCACUGCCCACCUCACAGCGGUCACUCUGUAUUUUGGGACUGUCACAUUUGUUUAUGUGAUGCCCAAGUCCACCUUCUCAAGUGACCAGAACAAGGUGGCAUCUGUGUUCUACAAUGUGAUCAUCCCUAUGCUGAACCCCAUCAUCUAUAGUCUCAGGAACAGUGAAAUUAAGGGGGCUCUUAAGAGAGAGCUUUGCAGAAUAUUUUUGUAG